AAUCGAGUAGCCACAAGUUUUGAGAGUUCAGAUUACGUCCUCGUAAUUUUGUUUAUCUAUAAAGCUAGAAAAAGAAGAAAAAAAAAUGAAUUGUUAAACUAUCUCGAAGCAGUAGAUAUGCCAGCGGACGAUAUGCCACAGCCAGGAUUCGUGAAAAAUGAAAGCGACCUAGCCAUCAUGGUGGCAACGGCUCUAACCUUCUCCAUCUUCAUCGUGGGUUUGGCUUCGGUUUGCUAUCGCUGGACCGCUCGCAGGUUUUACACGGACGAGCAAUCCGUAAACCUGUCUACACACCCCCAACAUGAACUCCAGACCGCGAGGAGGGGUACGACGAGGCGUGGGAUCGACGCAGCGAUCGUGGAAUCGUUUCAGACGUUUCUAUACUCUGAGGUGAAGGAGCAGAGGAUUGGUAAAGGCGGGGUCGAGUGUGUGGUGUGUCUUUGUGAGUUCCAAGACAAUGAUAGGCUGAGUUUGAUGCCUAAUUGUUGUCAUGUGUAUCAUGCUGAUUGCGUAAGUGUCUGGCUCUCUGAUCACUCCACGUGUCCGCUCUGCCGUGUGGAUCUUGUCUUCCAACAGGGUCAGGGAAGCGACCCGGAUCCUGAACUAGGAGUUGUAGAUACUACAGAAGCGCGUUUGUCUGAAAGUAUGACGUGGUCCAAUAGAAGCAGACCGCCUCGGUCUAGGUCGAUGAGAUUGCCCCAUUUGCGAGUCGCUGAUAUGUCAUUAUCGAGAUCUCAUUCGACCGGACACUGUGUGGCUGAACCGGUGGAGAAUUUGGACCGGUUUACACUCCGGUUACCAGAUGGUGUACGGACGAGACUGAUAAAGAAGACGCUGGUGAGAAGCUCGCAGGGUUUGUACAGAAGCAGAAGUGUCGGAAGCAGAAGCGCGAGGAGUGUCUUCUCAGAACAAUGGUGUAACUAUAAGAACCAUCGGCGGGUACAUUCGAUGACUCUCUCCUUCACUGAUCAUCUUCGCGUAUGGUUGGCAGGAGAUGUGGUGGCUCCGCCGAAUACUGAGCAGUCAUCUAGAGAAUUCCGACCAGAUGAUCUAGUGUAAGAAUGCUAGCUUUUAAGUGUGUUUUUGUUGCAACAUAUUGUUUGCGAUCAUUUGUAUUUGAAGAUGAUAAUUUUAGAGAAAAAAAAAAUGGAAUGAUAAUUGUCAGAAGUGGAAUUUGAACCACACCGUCUUACACCACUCGGCCAUAUAAGAACUCCGACCAGAUGAUCUAGUGUAAGAAUGCUAGCCUUUAAGUGUGUUUAUUUUGUUUGCGAUCGUUUGUAUUUGAACAUGACAAUUUUAGAGAAAAAGGGAAAAAAAAUUGGAAAUAUAAAUGUCAGAAGUGGGAUUUGAACCCACGCCCUCUUUCGAAGACCAGAACUUGAGUCUGGCGCCUUAGACCACUCGGCCAUCCUGACAUUUUUGAGAGGAUGUGGGUGAUAUGUUUUACAUAAUUAUAACCUAUGUCAAGCGCAUACAAUUCAACAUGAAAACUAAUCAAUCUAUCAGUAUGGGAACUGUAGAAUAGUGUCCCCAUAUCCUAUGAUCUAUCUUUGGUGUGAGGAAUAUACUGAGUGAAAGAGACGGUUUAGACUUCUGGUAAGUAGUAACUAGGGACAUGUGUUACACCUGAGAUAGUAUAUGUAAAUGGCUGAGAUAUGAAGCCAUAUCCUCCUGGUCGUUUUUUUUUCAAGUUGAGAUUUGAUAUGAGACUGUAACAUAUCAGCUAGACUCAGCUAGAGAAAAAAAGAGAAAACUCAAUUGUCAAGAUCAAA